CUCGCCAGAGACAUGCAGAGCACAGUAUCAUUAGGAGAAUUGGUUUGGGGCGGCGCAUCACGAGCAGAGCGCAUCCACCACUGGAGGGAUCAAAUCUGUGCCAUCUGACGCUCAAGGAUUUAUGGGUUUAGUCCAAAUUGCUUUUCCCAGUGUGGAGAUUAAGCUGUGUGAUGUUAACAGGACAGACGUCCGUGUUCGUUUGGGCUGCAGAGCGUCGAGGAUGUGAACACUGAACAGGGAUAUGAGCACCAUGCAGCUGGAGACUGUGUUUGUGUUCAUCUGCGUCUGUGUGCUGGGCGCCGCCGGAAGAUCGGCCCACAGAAGAGGUCCCAGACAGGAGCCCUACAAGCAAAGCAGAUUACGCAGAGAAACGACACGAGUGGAUGGAGGAGCCCACAAGUCUGGCAGCCCAAUCUUCAGAAGAAGUCCAGACAUGACAAAGUCUCCUAUGACCAAAUCUGAGCAGCUGUUGAGGAUAGAUGACCAUGACUUUACAAUGAGACCAGCAUUUGGAGGACCGCCGAUCCCAGUAGGUGUGGAUGUUCAGGUUGAGAGUCUCGACACCAUCUCUGAGGCUGACAUGUGGGCUGUGAACGCUCCCCUAUCAUCGCAGCGCAUUAAUACAGAUUUGUGUUUUCCAGGCUGGUACAAUCGUCUCUACAUACACUUCACUCUUCGGCGUCACGUCUUCUUCUUCCUGCUGCAAACGUAUUUCCCAGCCACGCUGAUGGUCAUGCUGUCCUGGGUGUCGUUCUGGAUCGACCGCAGAGCCGUGCCGGCGAGAGUUCCUCUCGGCAUCACGACGGUUCUCACGAUGUCCACCAUCAUCACCGGAGUCAACGCCUCCAUGCCCCGAGUCUCCUACAUCAAAGCUGUGGACAUUUACCUGUGGGUCAGCUUCGUCUUCGUCUUCCUCUCUGUCAUCGAGUACGCGGCCGUCAAUUACCUGACCACCGUGCAGGAGCGCCGAGGGAGGAAGCUCAGGAAUCAAUUGCCUUGCACGUGUGGAAUAGCAAACCCAGAGGAGGACAUGAUGAUGACCACGUGCUACAUCGACUGGGAUCCCAGCGCAGCGGGGACGUAUGGGAUGCCUGAGAACGGCGCGAGGCAGGAGCGGAUCCUGGCCCUGCUGACCCUCGCCGACAGCCAGAGGAGGAGUCGCGUGAAGACGUCCCGGGGAUACGUCAACGUCUGGAUAGACACUCAUGCCAUAGACAAGUACUCGCGAGUGAUCUUUCCCGCCGCUUACACGCUCUUCAACAUCAUCUACUGGUCCAUCUACUCCUAACGCCACAGCGGAUCUGUACCAGAACAGUCAUCCACUGGGUCUCUCUGCCUUCUUGAUCCAGGAUCUUAAACUCUUCGUAUUUUUAAGUGUUGUACGUUUCUAUUAUUUAACAAAAGCAACUACUUGAGUUGAAAUAUGUGUUAUUCCUCACAAAUAAAAAGAAGAAGCCACUGGUGUGAAAUGUCUCAGAAUCAGAGGACUGAUCUGAGAAAAACUGCCUGUUUAAAGGCCACACACAUGACUUUCACAUUUCUCCUUCAAGAAUGAGUAAACAUUAGUUAUUUUAAUGCAUGUAUUUAUCAGGGAUGUCAAUCAGUGAAAAUCUUUUAAUUGUUAUAUGCAUAAUGUUGUUGUGGUCAGGUCACACAUUAAGAAAACUAAAUGGUAAGCUUAUUGGGUUUGUCAGUUUGUGUGUGAAUGUACAGCAGUGGCUCUUCACUCAGAACAACGCAACACAACCAUAAAACAGGUUUCUACACUCUUCAUGGACAUACAGGAGGAUGCAGUCCUCCGCUGGCGUUCACAUGAACCUUUCUGCACGAUAUUGAUGUUUUCUAUUGACGAAUCUUUAUAAACAACAUCUAGCCA